AUGGCUGAUGCACAGUUUGACAGCGCGCUCGACCUCCUUCGGCGCCUGAGCCCGCGCGAUACUAAGGCCAACCUCCAAGCUAUCACAAAGAUCGUGCCUGAUCUCACCGAAGAUCUUCUCUCCUCUGUUGACCAGCCUUUGGAGAUCCGCCAAUGCAAGCAAUCCAACCGGGACUACCUCCUCUGUGACUACAACCGCGACGGAGAUAGCUACCGGUCACCAUGGAGCAAUGAAUUUGACCCUCCGCUGGAGGAUGGCACUGUCCCCAGUGAGCGGGUGCGCAAGCUGGAAGUCGCUGCCAAUGACGCCUUUGAUGUUUACCGGGAGCUCUACUACGAGGGCGGUGUCGGAAGUGUGUACUUUUGGGAUCUGGAUGAUGGAUUUGCUGGGGUGAUCCUCUUGAAAAAAGGGGUAACGCCUGGUUCCCAGAGCUCGGGCGCGUGGGACAGUAUCCACGUCUUCGAAGCCACCGAUCGGGCUCGCAUGUCCCACUAUAAAUUGACCAGCACAGUCAUCCUCCACCUGUCUAACGAAAGCGCGGCCCUCGGCGAGAUGGACCUGAGCGGCAACAUGACUCGCCAGGUUGAAGUGGAUCUACCCGUGGACUCGGAUGCCAGCCAUGUUGCGAAUGUAGGAAGACUAGUGGAGGAUAUGGAGUUAAAGAUGCGAAACUUGCUACAGGAGGUUUACUUUGGUAAGGCCAAGGAUGUCGUGGGUGAGCUUCGGAGCCUUGCACCGCUUUCGGAGACAAAUCGGGACCGCGCAACACAACUGGAGAUGAUAAAGUCUAUGCAGAAAUAG